AUGACUAUUGAUUUGGGAUUGGGAUUGAACGUGUCGAGAAAAGAAGACGCCGUACUAUCUAUACUGUUGUCCUCCAACCUCGCCAACCCGCAUGCCACUGCCCGCCACGGCCUGGAGUGGUAUCGGCACCCGCCCACGGAGCACGAUGACGAUGUGCCUGGGCCGCCCCCUGGGUGGAUCUUCAAUCCACUAGUGCCCUGGCCCGCUCCGGGGGAGACUUGCUUUGCCGCCAUUCUGGGAUGA